AUGUGCCGCGCAACGACCCACAUCUUCUUCGGCUUGCCCAUCCGCACCUGGUCGCUCGUUCCCGCCGCCGACGCCUGGCCAGAGCUCGUCAAGACGCUCCCCUUCUUCGACUUGAUCACGUUGCGCAUCUUGAACGGAACUUUCCAAGCUACUAAGCGCGGCGGCGGCUCCUCGGUGGUCGAAAGGGUUCCCAUCGAGGUCUGGGACGUCGUCAAGCACAAGCUCGUCGACGUUGAAUUGCAGGAGGCCAAUGACCGGAUCAUGCGCGACCUCGAGGUUAACGACUGGAGCUGUUGGGGCUCGGGUUUGCGCAAACCCGGCAAAUCGCUCGCAGGUUCCGCUCUUCCGCCAUUCUGGACCGAUAUCUGCAGCGAAGCAGACCCGUGCGACAUGUGCUCUGAGCCUCUGUUCUACUGGCUAAUGGAUCUGCGGGAUGAUGAGCAUUCGAAGUUGCGUGCCUUACUCAGGCACUUCUCGAUGUUCCUCGUUUCUGCGCGCCCGCUCACAUGCGACGAUUCCGACGCCGUAGAUCUAUACUCGGCCAUGCACAUCGCGCUGCUUCCAUCUGACGGCAACCUCACUCCCAUCUGUGUUGAUUGCGGCGGAGAUAUGGACCCGGAUCAGCAAACUGUGCAGGAGCUGGACCCAGCGUCCAUGCUGACGAUUGCUCGAGACGGCAGACGGCGCUUCUCACGACUCAUCCGACUCCUCCAUCUCGAGCCUCUGAGCAUCAAGACCUUGCCUGACACGGAGCGGUUGGCAGGCGAGGGAGACGACUACAUUCCGCGCAAACGCGUCUUUACCGACGUAGCCAUCAACGAGAUCCAACCCAAGUGGACGGUUCACUCGAUCUGCAAGAUGUUGUGGUGA